AUGAUGGAACAGAAAAAUGGAAGUUCCUUCACUGGGUUCAUCCUACUGGGGUUCUCGGACAGGCCCCAACUGGAAUUAGUCAUCUUUAUAGUACUUUUAAUCCUCUAUAUCUUCACUUUGCUGGGAAACACCACCAUAAUAGCUCUGUCCUAUCUGGACCCCAAUCUCCACACCCCAAUGUACUUUUUCCUCUCAAAUCUAAGCUUUCUAGACAUGUGUUAUACUUCCAGCUCAGUUCCUCAAUUCCUGGUUAAUCACAGUGGAGCUGACAAAUCUAUCUCCUUUGCUGGUUGUGUGGCUCAACUCUACAUCUUUUUAGGCUUGGGAUGCACGGAAUGCAUGCUCUUAGGAGUCAUGGCAUUUGACCGCUAUGCUGCUAUUUGUAGACCUCUUCACUAUACUGUCAUCAUGCACCCCCAAUUCUGUGCCCUGAUGGCUUCGGUUUCCUGGAUCUUAGGUUUUACCAACUCCAUAGUGCAGACUGUACUCAUCUUCCGUAUACCACUUUGUGGGAGAAACAAAUUAGAUCAUUUUCUUUGUGAGAUUCCUGCGUUGCUCAAGAUCGCCUGUGUUGACACCAGUAGUUUUGAGUCUCAGCUCUAUUUUGUCAGUGUCAUUGUUCUUCUUGGACCUGUUUCAUUGAUCCUGUUCUCCUAUGGUCGCAUUGUGAGGGCCAUCUUGAGAAUCAAGUCAGCAGCCGGGCAGAGAAAAGCCUUUGGGACAUGUGGCUCUCACCUCAUCGUGGUGUCUCUGUUCUAUGGGACAGCGAUCUAUGCUUAUCUUCAGCCCAGCAACAACUUUUCUCAGGACCGGGUCAAGUUCACGUCUCUCUUUUAUGGUGUUGUUACCCCCAUGAUGAAUCCUCUAAUCUAUACCCUGCGGAACAAGGAUGUGAAAGGAGCAGUGAGGAAAGUGUUUUGGAAGGAUCAUGAGUCCAGAUGA